AUGAACGCUUUUGGACAGCAGCCAUCCAACGCGCAGACUAGCCCCGUUCAGCACCACAGCGCACAGGAGCUCUUGGAUAUGGCGGUGUACUGCGAUAACUUCGGUAGCAUGUACCAGCACCAGCAAAACCUCCAUCAUGGUCACCACCCGCAGAGGCCGCCGGCACAUCCUCAAAGCUACGGCCUCGGUGAGUACACCUCGCCGACCACCAACCCGUACCUGUGGCUAAACGGCCCGAGCAUCGACUCGUCUCCAUACCUGGCGGGAUUGAAUGGAGCAUCGUACAUACAGUCUGGAUACGGAGCGAACCAGCGGCAGUUCCUUCCCCCUCCUACGGGCUUUGGUGGAGCUGACCUCGGAUGGCUGUCAAUCUCCAGCCAGCAGGAACUCUUCAAGAUGGUUAGGCCUCCGUACUCUUACUCGGCGCUCAUAGCUAUGGCUAUCCAGGGCGCCGGGGACAAGCGGUUGACGCUGAGUCACAUCUAUCAGUAUGUGGCAGAGAAUUUCCCGUUUUAUAAGAAGAGCAAAGCUGGGUGGCAGAACUCAAUCAGACACAACCUGUCACUGAAUGACUGUUUUAAGAAAGUUGCCCGGGAUGACGAUGAUCCGGGAAAGGGAAAUUACUGGACAUUGGACCCAAACUGUGAGAAAAUGUUCGAUAACGGCAACUUCCGGAGAAAGAGAAAGAGAAGAGCUGACUUGAACGGAGGAGACACCAACAACGCUGUGAAGUCAGAAGACACUGCCGCCCUGAAGCUCUCCGACACGGCCAGUAUCAUGAGUUCAUCCCCUCCCAGCCUCCAGAACUCCCCUGGUUCCUCCGAGCCCAAAUCAUCCCCGUCCCCGUCUGUGGAACACAGUCCCUGUUACAACAACUUUGUCUCCACUAUGAACACGAUGCUGGCGGGGAGUAACAACGGCGCUACCCGGGAGGGGGCCAGGGGGGACUUUGGUUCAGGAGGACAUGUUAUAGGAGAUUUGUCGCCUCAUCAGACCGGAGAAAACAUGUCCGGACUUGGUUCAUACUCGCCCUCUCGAAUCACGCCAGUGAACUCUGAUACCACUCACCUCUCCACAGCUAAUAGAAUGAACUACUACACAUUGGCACAGAACAAUCACAGCGGAGGCCUCACCAACUCUCUCCCAAACCACUUCGGUGUUAAUCAUUUGAUAUACAGCCGCGAAGGAACCGAGGUGUAG